ACCCGCAGCGUUUAGUUUUUUUUUUUUGUUUUUUUUGACGGAAGUGACCGCUCAAAUUCGAAUCUAAAAUGAGGGCACCAGUCAUAUGGCUAAUACCAAGGACAAUAGAAUAUAACAUCCAUGUUUUGUAUUAGUUACAACCUAUAGCCAGCUGAAGAAAGUAACAACGGCCCUUUUGUACUUAAACUAAUUUACGAAGUUUAGGCAUAUGUACAGGAAGUAGACAAAUGUUGGAUAAUUAUAUACAAAUUUCAAGUAUCAUUUCACGUGGCAAAGACAGAUUUCAGAAAAAAAACAACUUUUGAUGUUAUUAAACAGUGUGUCGUCAUUAGUAACUUGCAUUAGUUGCAUUUGCACAGGUUUACAUAACAGGAAUGAGUUUAUCAGUCAGGUGUGUCUCUUAUGCGCAACAUCAUAAAUUGACCGGCAGGGGGCGCGCUGAAUAAUUCAUUAUUUUCAGUUAUAUUAUAACAAAUCAUCGCAUGUCUAAUGCACACGCGACUAAAUAUUUAAAGUAGUAUACAUGCUUUUCUUAUUAAAUGAUAAUGCUUGGAGCUUGAUUUACGGCGUUUGGUUAAAAUAAAUGCGAGAAGCACAUGACGUUUUAUUAACCCGGAAAUAACAGUCGGUAAAACAGCUGAGUGAGAGAGAGAGAGCGAGAGAGGCUCAGAUCCAGAGAGGUAACGUAGAGAGAAGAGAGAUCUAAAGCCUUCUCCCUGGAGCUUAUAGCGUGCUACCUGGACUCCAUACGUGUUUUUCAGCGCUUCACAAUCAAAGACUGUUAGUAUUUCUGUAGGAUUGUGACCUUGGCGAGUGCCUGGAUAGGCCUCCCUUCUGUCACCUCCUCUGCUUUUCUGCUGGUACAUUGUCAUGGGGAACCUCCUUAAAGUUUUGACAUGCACAGAUCUUGAACAAGAGCCCAACUUCUUCCUCGAUUUCGAAAAUGUUCAGCCUCUCUCUCUCUCUCUCUCAACGUGGGAAGAAGUGGAUGUGGUCCUGAAGGAUGCACUGGGAAUACUUGACGAACUACAAGCAUAUAAAGGCGCGGGCCAAGAGAUACGAGAGGCAAUCCAGAACCCUAAUGACGAGGCAUUACAAGACCAGGCGUGGGCUGCUGUGGUGCCACUAGUAGGCAAACUAAAGAAGUUCUACGAAUUUUCACAGAGAUUAGAAUCAGCGCUGCAUAGUCUAUUGAGAGCACUCACUAGUGAGACAUACGAUGACCCUACACAGCAUCUGGAGAGAGAGCAAGCCCUCGCCAAACAGUUUGCUGAGAUCCUGCACUUCACACUGCGCUUUGAUGAGCUCAAGAUGACAAAUCCUGCCAUUCAGAAUGACUUCAGUUAUUACAGGAGGACCCUGAGCCGCAUGAGGAUCAAUAAUGUUCCUGCAGAGGGAGAAAACGAGGUGAAUAAUGAGCUGGCCAAUCGGAUAUCUCUAUUUUAUGCUGAUGCCACACCCAUGCUAAAGGCAUUAAGUGAUGGCACAACAAAAUUUGUAUCUGAGAAUAAAAACUUGCCCAUUGAAAACACAACAGAUGUAUUAAGCACCAUGGCGAGCGUGUGCAAAGUUAUGUUGGAAACCCCAGAGUAUCGCAGCCGCUUCAGCAGUGAGGAGACUGUUUCCUUCUGUCUGCGUGUCAUGGUGGGGGUUAUCAUCCUCUACGACUACGUCCAUCCCGUCGGCGCAUUCGCGAAGUCCUCCAAAAUAGACAUGAAAGGCUGCAUUAAAGUGCUCAGAGAUCAGCCACCAAACAGUGUGGAAGGUCUUCUAAAUGCUCUCAGGUACACAACAAAACAUCUUAAUGAUGAGUCAACCACUAAGACCAUUAAAAGCAUGCUGCAGUAGCAACUAAACUCUGGGACACACACACCACUGGCCUCAAGCAAUUGCUCAGGAGAUGCACAUACACUCUCUCUCCUGGACUAAAGCGAUGCACAGAAUGUUUUUCCUUUCCUUUCUUUUUU